AUGCCUAUUUCCCAAUCUAAGUUUACCGCUCCAGUUAAGUGCACUAUCAAGUCUCAUGAGGAAGAUGAUGGCAAAGAUUCCAAGAGAAGGAAGAAGAAGGCUAUGGACGUAGAGGAGGAGGAUGCUGAGAAUAAAUCCAAUGGUGACAAUGUGAAGAAGAUGCCUUUUCAGAUGGUGUGGUUUGAGGAUUAUGAACUUGGGAUCUUGAAAGGUAUGCUUGAUUACUAUUCUCAGAAAGGCUCUGAAGCAUAUAACAAUAUGACUGACUUUCAUGAAUUUAUUAAGAACACGUUCCAUGUUGAUGUCUCCAAAAAUCAAUUAUCUGAUAAAGUCAGAAGACUAAGGAAGAGGUUCAUGAAUAAUGCAUGCAAGGGAAAAGAGGGCAACGACCUAGUUUUCUCAAAAUCUCAUAAAAAUAAGGUCUUUAAGUUGUCCAAGAAAAUAUGA